CAUCACAGUCAGCUUCCCAAGCCAUACAACAGUUUUCAAAUCAAGCCUCCCAGUCUAUCGCCGCGGCCUCAAGAAGUGUAUCUAGUGCAGUAUCAUCUGCUAGUUCUGCGAUUGCGAGUGCGCAGUCUUCAGCUGAGCAAGCCAUACAAAGAGCCAAUCAGUCAAUGAUGAGCGCUCAAGCCAGUGCCUCAUCAGCUCAAUUAGGUGCCAGUUCAGCAAUACUUCAAGCAGGAGCUGCAGUGGCAGCGGCAACAGGUAAGUGGCCACGCUUCUUCAAGUCCAUAUGUUCAUCUUAAUAAAUCAUGUUUUAGGUUCUGCAGCAGCAGCAGGGUCAUCCUUCCUCUCCGCAGCAGCAAAAGCAACUCAAAGUGCGCAGAAUUCUGUAGCAGCAAUAAGCGCCGCUGCCGCUUCUCAAGUCUCUCAGGCAAGCCAGCAAGUGAAUGCUUCGCAAACAGCUGCCGUCACCGCAACUCAGGCAGCUCUUGCCAUCGUUGGAAGUAUCAUCGCUUCUACCUUGAUCACCAUUCUCAUCUACUUCCUUGUCAUACGGCACAAGAGGAUAGCCAGAAGGCUAUCACGAGAACAGCAAUCGUCAGCAAAAACAAAUAAUUUUGCAGACCCAAAGUUUCCACCAUCGGCCCAGAAUGCCCCAACAGUUGCAGCUUCUCAGUCUAACUAUCCCGCAACAAGGACUGGCCCUAUGAGCGGGUCUCCUAACCCAUUCUCACUAUUUCCAACCGCGAGUGGAGCGAAGUCCUCAGAAAAGCGCGACUCACUUGUUAAAACGACAACAGUGCCGUGGAAUCCAUCAAAACCUCCAAAGGUACCUACGCUGAAAACAUGGCUGAAGGUCCAAGAUGGCGUCUCACCUUUCGGACCAAUUAACCUUCCUACCGAAACGAAAGACCCUGGUCCACUGGGGGGUCAACUCAGAUCACCUUUACGAAGCAUCGAUACACGUGCCCCAAAGAAUCCUCUGAUGCCACCCAAACUCCCAGUGGCAACUCAAAGUCCCAGUUUCCCCUCAUACAUCGGCAAUAAAGCAACAAUCAUCACCGUACCAAGGAGUCCACUGACGUUGCCGACCAGCCCCAAGCACUCUACACCAGGUCCACACUACAGAGAAAGCAAAGCCUCGGUAUGGACGGACGACAUACCCUACCAAUCUCCCUCACCCCUUCUUCAAUCGCCACCCAAACAGAAGAAAAGUGGAGGAACACCAGCGUCUCCCUCAGUAGACAAAAACUACGGGAUGACGAUCCCGUCCCCGAGGGCGCCUGUCCGCACCACAGCUGAAUGGUUCGCAGCCCGUGAAGAUGCCAAAGCCCAAGACUUCCCCAGUCCAUCCUCAGCAUACAUCUCAACCGCCAACAUCGGUAUCGGGAUGAAAGCGAAGCCGUGGAGGCCCUCAAUAGGCUUACCGAAGGGUCCGAGAUCGGGAUCAGGACUACCGAGACCGGAACAGAGGAGUGUGAGGAGUGUAGAAGGGGAUAUGCAGGGACUGAAUAGGUUUUUAGCGCCCGGGGAUAGGGCGAGUCAGUAUUCGAGGUUUGGGAGUGAUAGGAGUGAGAGAAGUCAGCCGACGCCUGGGGUGGGGAAGGCGAUGUGAAUUAUUGUAGAGGGUUAUCGUAGAUAUUGGAUCUAAAGCGUGGGAUAUGGGGCGUUGAGAAAGGUGUGGUAAGAUGAGAAUUGUAAUAAAUAGCAUAGUAUUUGCAUAU